GGUGCCUUCCUUGUAUACCUUGCGCGCCCACGCAACAACCACAGUCCAUAUUCAACAUUCCCUUAUUUUCCCCAUAUAUAUAUAACUUCGCAUAUAACUUCGCACAUUGUUGCAUUUGCCUACAUAACACAUAACAUCCUGGGUCGCACCUCUUUCGCAGUCACAGUCACAGUCACAGUCACAGUCAUACUCACACUCAUACUCACACUCAUACUCACACUCAUACUCACAGUCAUUCUCUUGCAAUCUUUCACUCCAUUCAAUCCAACCCAAUCCAACCCAAUCCCAUUCAGACCCUCCAUUCGAUUUAUAAGAACAAUCUUCUAAUCUUUUUUAUACACAACCACCCAUCCCAUUUUAUUAAUUCCCUCCAUCCAUCCAUCCACCCAUCCACCCAUCCAUCCAUCCUUCCUUCACCUGCCUACCUAGCCAUCGGCAGUUGGAUAAUAAUUUAUUUCACCAUCGACUUCAUAUCAAUCAAUACGAAUUUCAAUUCGACAUCCACACAUCACAUCCAUCCAGAUCUAGCAUUCAGAAUCUCUGGGAAUUGCCGGGUUCCUUUCUCCCUCCUGCAUCUCCCUCCUCCUCUUCUUCUCCUUCUUCUUCUUUUCUCCGUCUCCCAAGGUUCACCCACCCGCCGAUUCAAAUCCGCCCUCAAUUUAUUAUCCGUUUACCUAAGGUGUUUGAUUGAAUGGUCAAUGGAUUGAUUUGAUUUGAUUUGAUUAAACAACAGUGGAGCUCAAGGGGAAGGUACUUCAUACCUAGCUUCAUCACCCACCGUCCACCGUAUUCCAAAGGGUCUGAUCUGCAAGUCUUCCUUUCUAGCAUCAACCUUGGUUCGUCUUUCACUGCCUCUCAGAUAGUCAUACCAAGACCUCCAGGAAAAAAGAGCUCGCUGUUCAUUAAAGAGUUGGGAAAAGCGUAUCAUCCUUUGCCCUGGUGCCCGAGAUUACAAGGAGCUCCUCUCACUUUAUCCACGAAACGCCGGAUCAUCCCUCCCUCUUCUCCAGUCCAACAUCUUAUUACUCCUGAAGUUCGCGGUAAUAGCGUCCACCAUACACUCCUUCGAUUCGAUGUCAUACUGAAGGGAAUUUCAGUUACCUAUCACUGGCAAAUCUGCCAAUACAGUCCUUCAUAUUCAACAAACUCAGUAUAUCGGGUUUCCAACAAAUAUUCAUUCGCCAUGGAUAAUAAUAAUUCCACUUCGGCUCCUCUCGCAGAUUACUUUUGGAUCGCGGGGAUUGAUUCUCUACAAUAUGGUCCCGAGGUUUUCCCUUCAAACCCAAGAGAUAGAUCAAGCAACAUCAUACAAACGCCUCCUUCUCCUCAAGUCGAUGCUACAAUAGAAGAAAGUCCUGAGGGUGAAAACUCGCCUCCUCCAAACAACAAUCGAGCUUCUGCACGGCAUUCUCGCAAUAGCUCAUGGAAUCGUCUCAGCAAACAAUCAUCGCAUGAAUCGCGAAGCUCAAUAUCCACUCUCGAUGAGCUGGAAGGGACUGCGAGUAAUCGAAGUAGCAUGACCAUUAAAGCUGGUGAAAUUGGUCACAUCAAUGGCAUCGGCAUCGGAAAUGGCAAUGGCAAUGGCAAUGGCAAUGGCAACGGGAAUGGCAAUGGCAAUGGCAAUGGCAUUAGUAAUGGAAACGGCAAUGCAAAUGGCACAAAAAGCGAGGGUGGAGGAAUAUUUGGAAAUUUCGACUUCGAUACGGCGCUAUUGAAGUUUGCGAGUGAGCGGGAACAUUUCCUGGAUGACUUAAGUUUUAGUGCUGGGGCCACAACACAACCUGCACCUCCCAUGACAAAUCCGAGAACUUCGAGGUUAAGAGUGGAAGAUGCAGAAAAUAUACAUAGGAGAAGUCCGACUUUAAGGAGCGUGGGCGGAAGUAUAAGGAGAAGAAUUAGUUUCAGAGAUCUGAAUAGUGUGAAGAGACAGCCUUCCAUGGCUGGUAGAAGUAUGUCGGUUCGCACUUCGAGGCGCCUUAGCAAUUACAAUUCCGUCAUCCCGCCUCCAGAGCCCCUGAAUCUGGAUCCUGAUAUGCACCCUUUGAAACGACGUUUUGAACCAGUCUUGCUCGAUAGAUACCCACCAAAACACGCGACGGAAGAAUUGCCGAGGAGAGGUAAAUUUCCCGAUUAUGUCCCUAUGUUCGCAUUUCCAAAUGAUAUCAAUAUUGUUUCUUCGGACGAACGACCACGAUCAACCUGGCAUGGAUUUGCCAUGACCUCAGAUGACAAUUCCAAGAUAUACGGCAUUACUGUAAUCGUCUGGAAGCCAUUGGAUCAAGAAGCGGCCGGAAAUGUGGAAAGAAGGUGUGAGGCUUGGAGACAAAGCCAUAUGACCAACGAGGAACGAGAACUUGCGGCGAGUUUGGGAGAACGAUUGGCUGCAGAACGGGCACAUCUCUCACAAUUACUGGCAAAAUUGCCUAGUGUUGUAUCUGGCUCAGCCGCUAGAGAACAAUUAGAGGAACAGAUUAGUUCAGUGGAGGAAAAAAUUACUUUGAUGACUGAUAUGUUGAGGCCUGUCAGACACGGCGCAGCAGCCAAAAUCGAGGGAUUGACUGAUGGCGAGACGGGGCUUUGGAUACCUAGGGCAUAUGGAAUUCUUGGCAGAGAUGGAAGUAUGACAAGCUUCUGGAAGGAAUGGCUGAAGGCUGUUGUGGUACCAAUGACGGAUGGUGGAAUACUCCGAGUUCCUGCAAGUUCGCCAAAAAUCGGUAGAUGGCAACCCCUGGAGAGAUAUGUCGUCAACCUGUGUACCGAAGCACUGAGCCCGAUAUCUUCGAAAACUCAAAUUGAAAUUGCUGUGCGAGAACUACGACUCUUUGCGCGAAAGGAAGCACCAAAUGAACUGCCAGAUUCACGAAAUACGGAUAUUUAUGCACUAUUCAGAGCUCUGAGUAUACCCAAUAUUGUUGCUCUGGUAGAAUUUAUGUUGUCGGAAUCUAGGAUCAUUUUACUGUCAUCCCACACAGCUAUGUUACAUCUUGCUAGUAAAGCUUUGGUCAGUCUCUUGUACCCACUCAAAUGGGCAAGCAUCUUUAUUCCAGUUCUACCAGCUAGAUUAAUCUCUGCACUGGAAGCGCCUUGUCCUUAUAUUGUUGGAAUUGAAAGGAGAUAUGAUAAUAUAGAGCUUCCGGAGGAUGAUUAUGUUUUCGUGGAUUUAGAUCAAGAUACCGUUGAGUCUACUGCUCCACCUGUUUCACUACCACGACAACAGCGUCGAAAACUUGUUUCCCUCUUGCAGCUAGCGGCUCCCCAUCACAAUAGAUGCGGUGUAGAGGUAGCACCACCACCUUAUGCUGUUGAGACCUUUCCUUACGAUGCAUUUUCGUCGGAGAACGAAUCGGUGUUCACGCAGAAUGCACCACCUGGCACUUUGGGUAAGUACGUUAGUCAGAACUCGACAACGUUUGGCGAACCGGAUCCACAGAAGAUGAAGAGACCUUUAGUUUUCAAUGCAUUCUUGCAGUCAAAGAAUGACCACACUCGUGUUGAGCGUCCAUCAACUAGCGUGUCAAGUAAAACCAGUCCACCAAACUCUUUAUCACCUGUAUCUGGUCACUGUCCACCAAUGCCUACAACUCCUAUCUCUCGAAACGAUUCUGGGUUUGCUCUGACGGCUACGUUAAGAGAGAAGAGAUCUGGUCACUUCGAUACAAACUCGAGACGCAGUUCCUCAUUUGGUCUAGAGCGACAGCCGACACUUCGUAGACCGAGUGCGCCAUUUGUCAAUGGUCAUUCAGCUAGUCUUUCCACUUCUGCUGUAUCCAUUGGCGAUAGCAACUCUAUGUAUGGUUAUGCACCGUCUGCUUAUGCACCAUCCGCCUAUGCGGCCUCAACUAUCGCUGCUUCAACAAUCAUGCCUAACAUGCUCAUGCAACCAGUCCUUAAUACGGAGACAACAAUAUGGGUAGAAGGACAUUGCUUUGUUUAUCAUGCCAACGACAUGGGAUCUGUAUGCUCCAUAUGUGAUGAAAGGGCGGAGGACGAUGGCAUGUAUACCUGUAGCGCUUGUAGCACGGUAUCACAUGGCCGUUGUUUAGGUUGGUGUUCACUUGUCUGCCCAGCCGCCUUCCAUGCAGAUCGUGUACGCGCAGCUUUCGUUCGAUGUUUCGCAAACUUGUUCUACACUUACAGAAAACAUCUCGGUCGGCCAUCGAAAGAACAAAAGUCAUCUGGACAAUUAUAUGGGUUUGAUUUAGCCGCAUUCAAAAAGAGUCUCCCAAGCGAUCAACAAGAAUAUAUUGUAAUGUUGGAACAGACACAAGCAUUCAAUGAAUUCAUCCAUGAACGGGAAACUAAGCAAUCAAACGAUCGAGAUAUCCAGUUAUUCGACUCGAUUAUUCAAGCGAAGAAGUCUAGAGGACGCGCAUCAUUCUUCUCUUCGAAAGCUUCACUUCGACCUAGUUUCCUCGAGGAUACAUCAGAUCACUUAUGGCGCUCCGCAUUAGUUCCGGUACCUAGAGAUGCUAAAUUUCCUGGUGAUUAUAAGACAAUUGUCUCUAGAAUUCCAGCACAGUUGGAUAUUGGAUUAAUGAAAGAGCCACGCAGUGUUGCAGGAGUGCCACGUAUGGACAUGCCAGGAAAAAGGGUAGGCCGUAAAGCAGUUCCAAGUAUGCUUGGCGGUAGAGGAAUUUGAGUAUGAAUAAAUGGAAAGAAUGGUUGCAUACGAGAAAGAUACGAGAUGAGGUCGAUGGAUCCGAAAUUACGACGGAAAGAUUACAGAAAAAUACACGCCCGAAUAUAAUUUAAAGAAAAGAAUACGAAAGAAAAAGAAAGAGGAGAAGAGAGCGAGCGAGCCGAUAAUAAAUUUCAAUUCAAGAUGCGAGCGAGAUGUGUAAGAUAUCCAAGCGAGGAGUUUAAAAGAUUUUUUUUGAUGUUUUGUUGUUGAUUCUCUUCACAAGUCCAUGGAGCGAGAGCCUAGUGGCGAAAUGCAUAGGGUGGGUAGGAAUGGGUGGAUGGAUGGAUAUCUGUGUGGUGUAAAUAGGUGUUGAGCGGAAAGCAAACUUUUUGUUUAAUUGAUUUUUGAGGUGGAGGGGGUAGAUUGUCCGGAGGGACGAGAGAUGGGAACUAAUAUUUGGGGAGAAGCCGGGGAAAAAUAGAGGGGUGAGGAGGGGAGGAGGAAAGACGAGCUAAUGUGUUGGAUUGCGAAUUGGACUCAAUGGCUGGGUCGUGUUGGGAUAUGAUAUGAUACUGAGUGGUUCAUUGGUUGGUUGAAUGCAUUAUAUUUUGCCAGCUUGCAGUUUGCUAUCGAAAGCUCAAUCGAUGUAUAGAUGGUUACGCGUAGAGGUGGGGGCUUGGGGAGAACAGAAAUCAUGGUGGGCGAUGAGACGUAGUGUUGGGUUACCAACGAUGAUGAUGAGGUGUCGCGGAUGAAGGGGGUUGAAGGGGGGAUUAGAUGAGAUAAGACGAGAUGUGAUGUGAUGAGAGGCGUAGAUGGGAUGGUGAAACGAGAGUUAGAGGAGCAAAUGUACAGAGAUACAAUCACACAGAGAGAGAUAAUAAUAGCGAUACAACAAUACAUCGAGAUACCAAUAAAGAAAGUAUGACUUUAAUGGAUACA